AUGAUUAUUAGGCGAGGCGGCGCUAACCGCCUCCGCGAGCGCGCUCCCGCCCCUCACGUGGACGCGCUCUGCCGGCCCCGCCGGCGCGCGCCCGGCUCCCCCCCCCUCCCUCCCGCAGUGGUGGCGUCCGCGUGUCCCCGCUCCCCCUGCCGCCUUCACAUGGACUCGCCCCGCCCGCCCCUCCCUCCCUCCGUCCCUCCUCCCGCCGCCGUUUCCCGGGCGACGCGGCCGUCGGGGUGUCCCGUCGGUGCCCGCAGCGAGGCCCCGCCCGCCCCCUGCCCGCCCCCCGCCGCGCCCCCCGCCGGGUCCCAGGUGCCAGCCGCUCCCCCGCCCCGCUCCCCCCGGUCUCCCACCGCCCUUCCCGACGGCUUAUCAAUGGACAUCAUAAGGGGGAGUCUGGAGGAAAUUUCACGCCCCGCUUCCAGCUCCAGGGCCCAUCUUGGGGUCCCGGGGUUGAGCACUUCCCUGGAGGUGCUGACGCCGGAGCCGGGUCCGCCCAAGGCCCACGCCACAGUUGAGUCUCCCUCCGCUGACCGACGCGUUGGCCCUGAGGGUCGUCAGGCAGAGGGAAGCAGCGGGAGCAAUAAUGGCGAAAGAGAGCAAUGCUCUCGUCUCAGUGGUCCGCCCCAAGACUGUUCAGAGGACAGGACCGGCAGGGAUUGCCACCAGCUGAUCCAGACUCCUCUGCCCUCGGACUCCAGUUCCAGCCUGGGAGACUCGGAAGACGACUGUGCCACCGCGGCCUCGUCCACACCCAGGAAGGCGUCACUGGAGCCCCGGAUUCACGUGGCAGAAGGCACUCUCAAGGUCAAAGAGGCAGACCUUCGGCUCCAAGCAGCCGUACAGAAGAUGAAGAGACUGGAUAAGCUACUGGUGAAGAAACUGUCUCAAGAGAAGGAAAUCAAAAAGCAAGGCCAAGAAAUGAGGACAAAGCUGUGGGCAGAUCUUCGGUCAGUCACAUAUCCAGGAGAUUUAGGAAGAAAUGAGGAGAUUGAAAAUACAGGAAAAUUUUGGGCUUUGACCUCAUCAUCUGAAGAAGCAGCAGCAGCAGCAGCUGGUCCUUCCCGCUGUGAGGAAGAGGAUGCUGUGUUCCGCUCAGUGUUCCACACCCAGCUUCCUCCCAGAGACUACGAGAGCAGAGGAGGAAGAGGAGCUAGGCUGGAUCCCGAAAGAGAAAGGGAAGCCCACGAGUCUUCGGACAGAGCCGAAGAGAAGCCGUCAUCCCGAGACGAGAGCGAGCUCAGGGCAAACGUGCGUCAGGAUUUCAUCAAGAGGAACAUCGAGCUGGCCAAGGACGCGGGGAGCCAAUUUGUGAUGAUGGAUGAGGAGAAGAAGAGGCUGGUUGAACUGCUGAAAGCCAGCGAGGACGAAGGCGGUGACUUUCCGGCCACGGAGGAGGAGGGGUCUGGCUGGAUUGUGCCAGGAGAAGGCUACACCCCCGAGCCCACCGUCCGCCGGCAGCUGGCGGAAAUAGACGCCAAGCUCCGCGAAGUCGGUUCGGAGACCGUCUCAGAGGUUCCCAGCUUUUCCUCAAGACUCCAGGACCACCUGGACCAGCAGGGCGCCCCGACUCCGGGCAUGGUUCCCAGGGACAAGGCCCUCCAGCGCAAUAAAGAGGAACGGGACCAGCGAAAUCGGCUGAGAGAGAUAGACCGGCAGCUAAGAGCCCUGAAAGGAGACCCCGUGGAGGCCCUGCCGGGCCUCUCGGAAGAACGGUUCAGGUUCCCGCUGGGCAAAGGCUGCCCGGCUUCAGGGCUGGCGAGUGGCCUGGUCCCGCCCAUUCCUACGGCCGAGCCCCCCCUGCUUCCUGGCUUGGAUGGACCCAGCAUCCAAGGGAUGGCGUCCUCUGACGAGGCCGGGAUGGGGACCUUGGGCAGCCCCAGGUGCAGCCCCCCGGGAUUCCCACCCACCAAAGCUCCAGCAGGGCCCUGUGGGCCAGGAGCCACAGUGGAUGCAGAGGCCCCAGGCCCGCCCGGCUUGGCAGAAGAGGUGGAGGUGGCAGCCCCAGGCGAUGCGGACAACAAAGGUGAUGUCUUCAUGAUGUCAACCCUCCAGGGGGUUGGAAGUCUGGAGAACCCCUCUUUCCCAGAGGAGGUGGGGUGCCAAGCAAGCUGGACCAACGAUCCUGAUCCGUCAGCCGGAGCCCCACGGUCCGGCCUUCCCAGGACACCCCAUGCAGCCUGCCUGUGUGGAGUCCCGAGUCCCCAGGAGAUUCCGGCCCCAAAGAGACAUACUAGAAAAGAGGAAAAAGAGAAUGUCAGGGAGGCCGUGGCUGCGUUCCCCACCCCAAGCUCCCCUCAGCUUCCUGCAGAGGGGGAACGUAGGAGCUCCAGGCCCCCAGAAGGCGACACGGGCCAGAGACGUGAAGGCGGAGGGGAGGGCUGACUUCUACGCUGCUUUGCUGUCUCCCUUCAUCCCCAGUGCCCGCAUUCGGGUAAGCAGGAACCUGGCCUGAUUCAGUCCCACACCCUGUCCCAUUUCCUGCUGCCUUUCCAGAACGUAGCAAGUGCUUCCCUCAGGAGACCGUUUUAAGAAA